UUUGAUGCGAGGUUGCAGAUCUCCCGCGAUCAAAAUUCGCGAGGUGGCUCAACCGAGCGACCACUCCUUUCACCAACAAUCCUGGCGGCUCUUACUCUGCAAGCUCUGGGAGCUUCUACCAUCCCCACAGGAGUCGUGUUGCUCCUACAGAUCAACGACCUAUUCUACGAGUUCCAGCGCUGCGAGCGCGACCUGGACAGGCCACUAUGGGUUUCACAGCUGGAUUCGUAAGUUCUUGGAGACUCCCCCUUGCGCAAGGCCGAAGCUCACAGAUAAAAGACUGGAGGGGUGACCUUGACAUUGGGAAUAGCGUACCUCACAGUCCUUGCUCAUGAACGAAAUCGACGAGCACAGAGCGAGACUCUCCGAUCUCACGCCUUCAUGCUUGACAGGCUCCUCCAUCCGACGCCUCUACCAUCCCCACAAAGCCGUGCAGAAUUCGCACGCGAAGAACGAAGCACAUUAGUUGAGACCGCAAAGGACAGGUGGAAUGCUGAAGUUGAGAAUGCAGUGCGUUGGGUGCAACGGACGGAUUGGAACGAUAUGAGGGAGAGCAUCGAAGGAAGUGCGGCACGGCUACUGGGAGGAGGGCUACAAAAGUCAAGGGAUGUCGUUGAGGAGGCAGAAAAAGCAGCUGCGCCAAAGUUCAAAGAAGCCAUUGGUAGGAGCAAAGCAGCUGCGCAGAAAAGCGCAGACCGAGCUGCUAUUGAAAUCGACCAUGCAGCUGCGAAGAUGAUCCGAGGAGCUGAGAGGGCUGGCGUUGAGGCAAAGGAGGAAGCAGGUAAGAUUGCUGCUGCUGCGAAAAACAAGCUUUCUCAAGCUGGAGUAAAAGCUGAUGAGGCUCGAGAUGCGGUGACUGUGAAGACAGAGCGAUUCGGCGCCAGCGCCAAAGCUGGAGGUCAUGACGCUACAGAAGCAGUCAAGCACAGUGGUGGUACCAUUGAUGCGGCGCGUGGAGCUGUGAGGGAUGCCGUAAGCAAGGGCAUUGAGAAAGGGAAAGAAGCCAUUGGAAAGGCACAGGCGAUUGUUGGGCUUGCCAGCGAGACAAUCGAGUCCAGAGGACAAUCCGCUGGAUUGAGCCAUUCUUCGGUUGUGGAGAGGGCUCUUCAUGAAAGGUAUCAACAACCUACCUUUCAUGAGAAGUCUGUAGAGGAAACUCUUGCGGAGCGUUAUACUGAAAUCGAUUCGAGAGACAACACUCGACUCCGUGGUGUGUAAGCUAUGUACUGGAAU